AUGUCACUGUGUGUCACAUCCCGCCGCAUUCUGAGCUCUGGUUUCACAGUCACCUCAGCCUCUUCCUGGGCAACAGCUCGGGACGCAGCUCUGUGGGCGCGGAAGAUGACCGACUGCGAGUUCGGGUACGUGCAGGCGCUCGCCCAGGACUACCUGCGGUAUGUCCUGCAGAUGCCGCAGCCGGGGGCCCGCCCAAGCAGGACCUCCCAGCUGCUGCAGGAUGUUGCGUUUUCAGUCCAAAAAGAAGUGGAAAAGAAUUUGAAACCCUGCUUGGACAGCCUCGAUGUCGCGUCCGUGGACGCUGCCCGGACACUUUUCCACAUGGUGAUGCAGAAGGAGUUUGAGGACGGCGUCAUUAACUGGGGCAGGAUUGUGACCAUAUUCGCCUUUGAGGGGGUUCUCAUCAAGAAGCUCCUCAGAGAUCAGAUUGCCUCGGACGUGGACACUUACAAGUGCAAGGAGAUUUCUCACUUUGUUGCUGAGUUCAUAACAAAAAACACAGGGGAAUGGAUACGGCAAAACGGAGGCUGGGAAAAUGGCUUCGUAAAGAACUUUGAACCCAAAACUGGUUGGCGGACUUUUCUGGAAGUUAUAGGAGAGAUCUGCAAAAUGUUCUCUCUCCUCAAGCAAUACUGUUAACUGAGAAGGACACUCUGCAUUGUGAAACCUACAGAAUUUUCUGGACUCUUACAAGAGGAAUUGCCAACACUUCUUCUAAACAACGUUCAUGAUGCAACUUGGAUGUUCCAGUCAACAGAACUUUUGCCCU